AAGUAAAACAAUCACCAUUGCGUUAAAUGUUUUCUAACUCCAAAUUCCAUAUAGAUUUUCGAAACUAAACAAGUAAUUUUGCAUUUAUUAUAAUAAUUUAUUAUAUUAUAUUUAUUAUUUCAGUUCUUAUAAAGUAAUAACUAACUACGUAAAGCUAAUAGAGUUUCUGCGUUUCAAUUAUUGUGACAAAAAAUAAUAGUACGUGUUCUGUCAAACACUUCAAAUUUUCCGAUAUUAAAUAAAAUAUUUCAGGUGCUUUAGAAAAGCAAAUCGUAAAGUUUUAUACUAUGCCUCCUGGUGCACUGAACGCCAAUGCUUGAGAAUUGAGCAAUCUAGACACCCGGCCAGCGAUAAGCGAUCUCAUAGCAAGGAAAUCCGGUACUCUGGCCCCGGCGAACAUGUCCAACGCGCUGCAGUACCGAGGGGCUAUAGCAAUGGAGCACGGAUGCUCAGUCAAUCUACAUAGUAGAAACAAAAAUAAAUUGCCAUGCGAUUUUUGUAAUAAGACGUUUAGUACAAGAUAUGAUGUGCUGGUUCACAAUGCUUCUCACAUUAUAAUACCAUUGAUUAAUAUUACCACUCAUCACUGCGAUGUUUGUCAUUGUGUGUUCUUAACGUCCAAGGAACUCAGCUGCCAUGAAGAGUGUCAUACAGAAAGUUCUCCUGCGCAUAAAAAACAAAUCAAGUUAAGUUUAGUAAAAGAGAAAUGCCUUGAUAGUGUUCAAGUAAAUCCAGUUCUGGAAAGUACUAGCAGUGCCCCGGAGGAGACAGAUGAUGUAAAAGAAAAUGCAGAAGACUUGGAAGUCAAGUCUGUGGUUAAUUUGGAGGAGACAUCUCAAGAUAGUUGUUCAGUCUGGAACUUCGUGAAUGGAGAACAAAAUUUUUCAGAUUUUGACGUUAAGUGUCUAGAAAAUGAUUCUGUAGAGUAUAUCUUGCCCGAUGAUUACGAUCCAAGUGUAAAGUUUCGAGAUGUGAAGACGACAAAGGACGAUGAAAUUAGUGUGCUGUACGAUGAUCUGGUGAAGCCAAACAGUUGUGUGUGCAAAUAUUGUGGUUGGGGCUUCCAUACCAGGUUUAAUCUUAUAAAACACUUGCCCACACAUAUUCGAUUCAAAAGAAAUGUACCAUCUCAAUGCUGGCACAAGAAUAACUUGGUGAAAAAAUGUGAAUUCUGUGAUUUAUCACACACCAGGAAUACGGAGUCUGAAAUUAAACCGGAACCUGUUCAAGAACUUGAACAGCUGCCGAGUUCCGCCAAUGAAAUGACAGUUGAUAACCAGUCUGGUAACAUUGCACCACGGAAGCGCGGACGGCCGAGGAAGAUAAUCUCCAUUGAUAACAAUGUAGAAAAUCAGGCUAGUAAUGUUCAACCUAAGAAGAGAGGCCGACCAAGGAAGAUAGUCGGUCCGCUGAUGAAUAAUGAAGAUGUAAUGUUGAAUAAUAAGCCACCGAAAACUGAAGCGGUGGGUAAGAAAAGGACCAGAAAGAAAAUAAAUUACGAUGAAGAUUACAAUAUCGAUAUGUUAUUUGAAAAUGUAACCGGACCCUCGGAUGUCUUGAAGAAUUCAGUUUCAAACGGAGAGCACAGCUCAGUGAGAACGAAUUGUGAUGCCGUGGAUAACUGUGACGGACAGAAAUCUACAACAACAGAAUCAAAUGUAGAUUACAUGUUGCAGAAUAAAUUGGAUUUCCUCUUGGGUGGUUUGAAAGUUGAACAAUCGGCUGAGAGAAGCCAGCAGACUGAUACGGGUACAACAAACAUUCACAAAAAGCCAAAGAAGCUGUUCAAAUCAGCAGCAACAGUCAGACUGUGUGAUAUAUGCACACAGUUUCUGCCGAAGCAGGGGCGCUCCAACUACAAAUACCACAGAGUGGGCAGCUUGAGCAAGAUCGGGGAGCGGUUCCCAUGUGAUGAGUGCAAAAAGCUGUUCUUCACAUUGAACCUGAUAAGUCGCUACAAGGUUAUGGUGGUGAAGUCAAAGAAUAAGUUGGUGUUUGAGGACGAGACAUGUGAGAAGAAGAAGAAGAAAUCUAACGAAGAUAGACUGAAGAACAUUCAGACAAGGUUCAAGUUCAAUAAUCUAUUGAAUCGGUGAUGAGUGUUAUAAUAAUAAUAUAGUGUAGCAGUGCAACUGUGUAGUCUUAGUCUGGGAUAGUGUGGCCAUCACAUCAUGUCCCAUAGGAGCUGUAGUACUAACAGUAUUUGCAGUGAUUGUAUGGAGCAGUACUGUCUUGUUUUGGUAUAACGGUUGGGUGUUAGUUACAGGAGUAUGAGAUGUUCCUGUAAUUAAAUAAUCUAUGUCUCGCAGGCUCGUGCACCUUUCUUUAUUACCUUGGUGUUAGUGUUGUGAUGGGUUAGUGGGCAAGCGAGAUAACAAUGUCAGGUCGAGCCAAUGACAUACAAUAAACAACAACACUCACAAUGACGCUUUAAAAAUUGUCUCAAGCAAAACGUUGCCUAUGCGUUAAUCAGAGCUUUAAAUAAUACGACAUGUAAUGACACAGUGUUCAGUGAAAAACUGUCCAAAUAAUGGCAUAUUCAAACUAAAGAAUGGGGUGUCGUAAUGCAGUAAGUGUCCCUUUAAAUUAACAAAAACUUGUAGCAACUUGAUGUUUUUAAUCAUUUUGCUUAAUAAUUACAUUACAAUUGCAAAAAAAAUGUUCUUGCCUGCGUGUUCGCGUUAGAGCUUCUAAUGAGCUUUACUGACAAGAAAUAAGGUGUUAUAUUGAAUGAAUGUUUUAAUGUUAUCUGUAUAAGUUAAUGUAUACGAAUAUACAACGGCGCUCGGAAAUUUUUUGAUGACCUUUUAUUAAGUGAUUGUGAGUCUAGUUGUUUAUUGUACGUCAAUGUGUGGAGCAUGUGCUUCACACAUCUAAUAAAUAUGUGUGCAAUAUAUUUUAUUUAGUUCAUAAGAAUUCAAUAGAAGUUAAGCCACUUCUCCGCUGACUGUAUCAACAUAUUAAUAAUCUUGAGUGACACUUAUUGUCAAAAUGACUUUAUCAACUGUAUUUUAAUCACAUCAUACAUCAUGUAACGUAGUUAUCCAAAGAUGUGUAAUUAUUAUUAUAGUAAGUGCGAAGCUAUUUAAGUUUCAUCUUAGUAAUAACAUUUUCUAGAAGUUAUUUAAAAAAUAUAUUUUCCAUGUUGCUCAAAUGUCUGCGAAAGACCGUUACUAAUUUACUGUGUGUGCGGACUAUGAUACACUUAAAAUAUAGUAGCUUAUAGCAAACCCGACAGUACGAUAUUGCGUUAUCGUUAUCGAUAAUACCGAUAAUAAUUCCAGAAAAACGUUCCAAACCACAAUCACGUCGAAAUUGAGUUAAGAACACAAAACUGCUCACGUGAUUCAUAUUGACGGACUGACAAAAAAUGGCAGCCCUACUGUCACUCUUUAAAUGACAUCAUGACUUAUUAGCCCAACCCACAUGUAUGGAAUACAAUAAUAUUUAUUAAACUUUAAACAGGAAUUCCUUAAAAUGUGAUGUUUGUGGCUUGAAACAUUUUACAGGAACAACGUCCAAUUGUCAAUGUGUCCGUUGGCUAGUGUUUUAAUGUUCAAAAUACUUUGGAGCUAAUGCCAAGCGUCUCUGACUGUUUACGACUUGUCAAUCAGUUACAAUAACAGUAGAUUCGCUUCCGUUUUCUUUCUUUUUACAAUUAAUGUUGUCUCUCGCAUGCUUUGUUUGUCUAUAGCAUAUAUAUAGUAAGUGUAUGGUGUCUCCUGUGCUCAUAUGUCUUGAGGUUUCUUAUAAUGAUGUAUUUGGUAAUUUUUUUUGUAAGCCAGUUCAGCUAAUGGUAGCAAUGCAGUGCCGCUCGGGAUUCUUGAAAUACCCAAAAAUUCAGAGCGGCACUACAAUUGCGCUCGUCACCUUGAGACGUAAAUUGUUAAGUCUAUUUGCCCAGUAAUUUCACUAGCUACGGCAGCCUUCAGACGGAAACACAGUAAUGUUUACACAUUACUGAUUCACGGCAGAAAUAGCCGCCGUUGUGGUAGCCAUAAACAAGCCGGCUUCCUGUACAAAGGACCCUCCCACUGGUAGUUUAGUACUUAGUUUUAGUAAUGUUUAAGUACUUUUGUUGCAUCUCUUUGCAGAGAUUGAAUGUAUGUUAAGUAUAAUGCUUCAUUUUUAAAUAUUAAUUUAAAAGACACUCUCUCUUCAGAAUGAAGUUCAUAAACUACUUAAUAGUAAGGUUUAUGUGAUGAUGAUUAUUUCUAACAUAAUAUAUAAACGAGGCAGUAACACCACGGCACCCCGCUCCACGCUAAAUGUGGACUCUUGUAACAUCAGGGGAAUUCACUCCAACUUAAACGCCGUCCACCACCACCUUGAGACGGCGCAGCCGGCCUUGUGUUUCUCAACGGAGACGCAGAUAUCUCGACCUAGCGAUACGUCAUAUUUAUCGUACCCCGGGUACAAAAUUGAGCACAAUUUUAUGCAUCAUGCCGGGGUAUGUGUGUACGUUAGGGAGGAUAUCUGCUGUCGCCGUCUCGGCAAUUUUGAGGGUAGGCACCUGUCUACUCUCUGGCUCCGCGUAGAUUUAGUGGACCGCGUAUCUAUGCGUGCGUCUACAGGUCCCAUAGUGGUAACGCAGAAACCGAUCAUCUCAUGGGCUGCGUUCAAACGGCAAUUGACGACGUGCUUGCACAGAUCCCCCUCCGCUGAAAUCGUAGUCUUGGGUGAUUUCAACGGGCACAAUGCCGUAUGACUUUUAUCACGUACCACAGACUACGCAGGGCGAUCUGUGCAUAAUUUUGCAUUGGCGUAUGGUCUGUCCCAAUUGGUUGAGUCGCCAACGCGGCUCCCGGAUGUGGAUAGCCACAUGCCGUCCUUAUUAGAUCUUCUGCUGACUACACAUCCCGAUGGUUACCAGGUCUUUGUCGACGCCCCUCUCGGAACGUCCGAUCAUUGCCUGGUCAGGAGUGUAGUGCCCAUCCUACGCCAACGUCGCAGACCACCAGCGACUCGCCGCGUUUGGCACUACAAGUCAGCAGAUUGGGAUAGGUUGCGUUCCUAUUUUGCAUUCUACCCUUGGGGCACGGUUUGUUGCCCUUUGGAUGAUCCUAGUGCCUGCGCCGUUGCAGUAGCCGAUGUGAUACUGCAGGCCAGGAAUAUUUUUAUACCAAGCUCUGUACCGAUCGGUGGCAGAUCACAGCCCUGGUUCGAUGCGUAAGUUAAAGCAGCAUCUGACUGCAAAAAACAGGCGUAUCGAACUUGGGUUGCGGCGCUGGGCACAAAGGAUCCGAACUGCAAAGUUCUUAAGAGGAAAUAUAACCGUGCCUCCAGAUUUUUUAAGCGGCAAAUCGCCCGUGCGAGGUCAAAGCACGUCGUCAAAAUCGGCGAGCAGCUUUCCAGUUACCCGACCGGAACACGCAAGUUCUGGUCAUUGUCGAAAGCUGCUCUCGGUAACUUCAACCAGCCGUCCAUGCCGCCGUUGCACCUGAGGAAUGACACCCUGGCCCAUACGGCAAAAGAGAAAGCCGAUCUCCUGUGCGCUCCUUUCGCCUCCAACUCGACUCUUGACGACAUCGGAAAAACACCGCCGACCAUCCCGCGGUGUCAGAGCUAUAUGCCUGAAGUACAGUUCAGACAGAAAACUGUUAGGCGAGCUCUGUUUUCGUUGGACGUCAGGAAGUCGAGCGGGCCGGAUAGCAUUUCUCCAAUCGUGCUUAGAACGUGUGCCCCUGAUUUGACGCCGGUGCUAACGCGUUUAUUCCGGCACUCUUAUUCCAAAGGCGUAGUCCCUGACUCAUGGAAGUCAGCCCUUGUCCAUCCGAUCCAAAAAAAAAGGAGACAGUUCGGAUCCGGCAAACUACAGGCCUAUUGCUAUAACCUCCCUGCUCUCCAAAAUCAUGGAGAGCAUAAUUAGCCGUCAGCUCUUGGUAUAUCUAGAGGGUCACCAGUUGAUCAACGACCGACAAUACGGCUUUCGCCAUGGUCGGUCGGCAGGUGAUCUUCUGGUAUACCUAACACAUAGAUGGGCGGUGGCUAUUGAAAGCAAGGGGGAAGGCCUGGCAGUUAGCCUGGAUAUAGCGAACGCCUUUGAUCGUGUAUGGCAAAAGGCACUCUUCUCAAAACUUCCAUCAUUUUGGCUUCCCGAGAGCUUAUGCAAGUGGACCUCCAGCUUCCUCACUGGGCGCAGCAUAUAAGUCAUUGUCGACGGUUUUUGCUCGAAUCCCAAGCCCGUGAACGCUGGAGUGCCCCAAGACUGUGUGCUAUCUCCCACGCUGUUUCUGCUGCAUAUCAAUGAUAUGUUGGACACCUCCAACAUACAUUGCUAUGCAGACGACAACACUGGUGAUGCUGUAUACACGGGCCAUGCAGGUCUCUCUCGGGAAAAUGUCGACCAGUGCCGGGAGAAACUUGUGUCUUCUAUCGAGUCCUCUCUCGAGAAGGUCGCAGAAUGGGGUAAAUUGAACCUUGUCCAAUUUAACCCCCAGAAGACUCAAGUUUCCGCGUUAACCACAAAAAAAGCCCCAUUUGUAGUAUCACCGCUCUUCGAUAACACUUCCCUUAAAGCCUCGCCUAGUAUCGGAAUACUGGGUCUCGAAAUCUCGAGCGAUUGCCAAUUCCGUGGCCAUCUGGAGGGCAAAGCCAAAUUGGCUUCGAAGAAGCUGGGCGUCAUCAAUAGAGCACGGCAAUACUUCAAGCCGGCCCAUUUUCUAGCGCUCUACAAAGCGCAGGUCCGGCCACACAUGGAGUAUUGCUGUCAUCUCUGGUCUGGCGCACCCCAGUAUCAGCUCGAUCCAUUUGACCGCGUGCAACGCAGAGCAGCUCGAAUUGUCGGGGACCCAGUGCUUUGCGAACGGCUGGAUCACUUGGCGUUGCGUAGAGACGUCGCUUCAUUGUGUGUCUUCUACCGCAUUUAUCACGGGGAGUGUUCCGAAGAGCUGUUUAACCUGAUUCCUGCCGCCGAAAACCCUUCGCACGACACGCCACAAAUUAGGAUAUCAUCCCCACCAUCUGGAUGUGUGGCGGUUCUCCACAGUGCGGUUUUCAAGGAGCUUUCUUCCACGUACUACAAAGCUGUGGAAUGAGCUUCCUUGUGCGGUGUUUCCGGGACGAUACGACAUGGGUACCUUCAAAGAAAGUGCGUACACCUACCUUAAAGGCCGGCAACGCUCCUGUGAUUCCUCUGGUGUUGCAAGAGAAUGUGGGUGGCGGUGAUCACUUAACACCUGGUGACCCGUACGCUCGUUUGUCCUCCUAUUCCAUAAAAAAAAAUAUCAUUACUUGGGGCGCUCAGAAAGUUUGGAGAAACUAAAAAAUCACCUUAUAUACAUUAAAUAAUUUUAUUCAAUGUUUUAAGCUGUAGUGAAAUAAAAGAUAUAUUUAUUCAACAGAAAAAAUGUAUCAGAAUUUUAGAACAUAUUCAGCAGAUGAAUUCAUGUAGACCAUAUUUUAUUAAACACAAAAUUUUAACUCUUACUUCAAUUUACAUCCUAGAAGCAUGUAAAUUUGUUAAAAAACAUUCGGACUUAUACUCAACACUACCAAAUAACAAGCGAAAUAAUAGAAAUUUAAACAAAUUAAAAAUUCCCCAAACAAGUAUGUCAUUAGUGUCAUCGAGCCCUCACCACAUGGCAAUAAAAAUUUAUAAUCACAUCCCAAACGAAAUUAAAAAUAAAGAGAAGCCUAUCUCUAUUUAAAAGACAUCUUAAAAAUUUUUUAGUUUUAAAAUGCUUCUACGAUUUUCCCGAAUUUUUUAAUUACAAGUGUGAGAAUUAGUUACAAUAUAGUAUAAGAAUGUAUAAAAUGUAUAAGACUUAUUUAUUUUAUGUAUAACGUUGCUGUGCCCUUGCAGGGCGUCACAUAUUGUCUACCCAUUAAUGUACCAACCAUCCUACUGUAAAAUGUGAAUUGCAAUAAAAUAUUUUGAUUUGA